CUCCCACAAUGGCAGUCUGACUUUCUCUCUGGUGAAGCUUUUCCCUAUUAAUUGUAGCACUAGCUUAGCAUAGAAGUAAUUACACCUUUGUUGCAUAAAGUGAUAGAUCUAGAUGUGAGUCUUUUGUUGCGGAAAAACAAUGGUGGGCCACGGCGGAGAAGUGCUAGUUCGACCGCCGCAGCUGUCUCCCCAUCAAUCGAAAUCAUCACAACCAGAUUUUCCGGUUUUUAUACCUCCACGGAAACGGCAAACCGGAAAGAAAGCAUUCCUUAGCAAUCACGUGGAUCACAUUGUUAAUUUACAGGGCAAUAAAAAAGACUGGGAUUUGUCAGUGGAACGAGAGGAGGACGUACAUAGAACAAAACGCUGGAACAGCGAUGAAAUAAUCGAAAUCAAUGGCAGCAAAUGUAGCAGCCGAGGAGAGCAUUUGGACGAAGAUGAUGAUCUGAACGAACUGCAGCAGUUUCAUCCGUUGAAAGAUAGUUCGACGGUAACACCAAGCAGUAUAUCAGAAAGCAGUUUAGAUAGAAAAUCUAGCAAGUCUCAUGAGCUGCUCACCGGAAGCGAAAGGCGUUCGAAGAAACGCGUCAAUAUAAGGACUGAUGUGGAUGAAAUAAGUAGCAGACAAUCGCCGUCUGCUGUAUGUAAUUAUGAAGACUUGGAAUCUGGAGAGACCAGUGUGUUGAAUGCUGACAUGGACCAAUACAGCCUAGAUCGGUACAACAGCAGGCGUUCGAUGUCACCAGAUAAUUAUUUGACUCUGACCGGAACCAUCAAACGUGGCCGAAAGAAAGGACAAUCGAUGGACGUUCAGUUGAAUAUUUCCCGCGAAGAGCUCGAGCAAAUCAACAAGCAAGCUUUGGCCGCUCACGAAGAAGUAUGCCGUACGAAGCGGAAUUGUUGCUGCCAGUGCACACUCCGAGCAGGGAUCCAUAUUCUGUUGCUAUCCAUUAUCUGUUUGCCCAUCGUCACGCUAACCACUAGCAUUUACUCAUUCUACAUUGGAACCGUCACGUGGUACAACAUGUUCACCUACUUCAACGAGGAAAAGUCGUAUCUGCAUAAAUUGCUGAUGUCACCGCUCCUGGUUCUCGCUUACCCUUUGGCAAUCGUUGUCUGCACACUGGGCCUGGGAGUAUACGCUGGCUUGAAGCAGGUUAGUUUGCAUUUCACUGCUUGGAUAAACGAAAUCAGUGACAUCGAAAAGGGAUUCUACGGGUGGCUGUGCUCCUUUCUGCACUUGUCUGACUGCAGUCCGUACGAAGUGGUUAUUCUGACGGAUAUUUGUCCUCCAGGAGGAACGGGAGUGGCCCCGGAUAGACCACUUCAGAGCGAAUCAACACAAAUCAAUUCAUCCACCGAGGAGUUAUCGUUAUAAGAUGCAGAAGAUGUGUCUCUCUAUUAGGUACUCAAAUCUACUCUUGAUAUAAAUAAAUAAUUAGCAGUCAUCUUCCCAAACUUUGCAGUUAGUUCAUUUGUAGCUUCUACCUUAGCACACGUGUAAUAGUUGAACUCAAUGUGAAUUGCUCAAAGGUUCGAGGGACCAUAAUAACUAUCGAAUUAUUUUGCGCUGUGUGCAAAACUUUGACAUGAUAACCACCCUGGCAGCGGUCCCUAUUGUAACAUUAUUUGAUCAUUUUUAGAACAUUUUUUACAUAACCCUGAUCAAUAAUCUCAUUUUUUUUUUUUAUCACUGCCGAAAACAUAAUUCGCGAAAAUUCCAUUAGAACAGAUCCGGCAAUAUGAAAUAAGUUUGUGCUGUUUAUGAAGGAUAAAGUAGAUUUUUGGAUUACUUUAUAAAUUGUAAAGCUGGGCGGUUCAAAACGGUGCGUAUCAUGGAGUAAAGAAAUGGCACUUUCAGCAAUCGUACCAGGGAAACAUAAACUGUUAGGCCUUUUGAACAAUGUUGUCCUUAGAGUAAUUCACUAAAUGUUGAGUGAUCAACAAUAGGUGAAAAUUUCCCCUUCUACAUUUUAUGAUUUCGCCUAUUUUCUUUAAUUUAAACGGAGAGCAGCUAAUAGACAAUAAAAAAAUGGAUACAGUAGGUACAUGGUUGCAGGUAAAGGGCAAUGAUGGUAUUGAAGUGGCACUUGAUGGAAAUGCAUUUGAAAGCAAUGAAGACUUAUGUGAAAUUUGAAGACAAAGACAGGAAAGUUAGUUAGCUAGCGAACAAUGCUAUAAUAUUGUGUGGGGCAAAAAAAGUAUCUCAAAGAAGAAAGUCAACAACUUUAUGCUUUUUCAUCUACCACUCGUAUUCUUGUUUACGUGCAAACGCAUUUUUUAACGACAGUUGUUGCGCCACCAUUGCUGCGUGGUAAGACUGGUAUGCGGUAACUUUUCCUUGCGAUAGGUAAGUAACUGCACAUCCGGUCCAAUGGAUUUUUUCUCUCAUUUCAGUUUUAAGGAAAACAUUAUUUCGAUUCCAAAUUUAAAAAAAAAAAACCUUUUCUGAUUAAUAAAAAUUUAUUAGUUGGUAGUGAAGCCGGGGCACUAUUGUUCUUCUGACAUCAGCUAGCGUGAGAGGAUACGAUCUGUCGAGCUUAACUAGGAGGAUGUAGUGGAUCUUGAAAGUAAGCUCUGUUCAACUUUUAUAAAAAUCUGCAUACAUUCAAAUUAAUUGACUGGAUCUGUUGAAAAUCGUACUGUUACACCUGGCUCUCCGCAUAACACCUUCUAAAACAGAAGGCACGAAAGUCCAUCACAUUGUCUUAGUCCCCGGCGCGAUUCGAACGAACUGGAGUGUUUGUCCGAAAUCUUAACAGAGUUUUGCACACCAUCUACCGUUGCUUUGAUCAGUCUGGUAAGCUUCCCAGAGAAGCUGGACUCGACCAUAAUUUUCCAUAGCAGUACGCAGUCUAUACUGUAUGCCGCCUUGAAAUCAAUGAACAGAUGGUGCUUUGGGACCUGCUAUUCACGGAAUUUUUGAAGGAUUUGCCGUACAGUAAAGAUCUGAACCAUUAUCGAGUAGCGAUCAACGAGGCCGGCUUGAAAACUUCCCACGAACUCAUUCACUUUGUAGGCAGCAUUAAGGAUGGUGAUCGCUCGAAAGUUCUCACACUCCAGCUGGUCACCUUUCUUGUAGAUGGAGCAUAUAACCCCUUCCUUUCACUCCUCCGGUAGCUGUUCAGUUUCCCAGAUUCUGACUAUCAGUUUGUGCAAGCGAGUUGCCAGCUUCCCAGGGCCCAUUUUGAUGAACUCAGCUCCGAUACCAUGCUUGCCAGCUGCUUUACUGGUCUUCAGCUGGUAGAUGGCAUCCUUAACUUUCCUCAAGGAAGGUGGUCUGGUUAGCUUCCAUCGUUCGCUGAACUGACGUAGUCAUCUCCUCCGCUGCAUUGACUUUCACUGCUCAGCGCCAUUUGAAUGUUCCUCGUAUUGCUGCCUCCACCUUUCGAUCAUCACACGUUCGUCCGUCAAGAUUCAAGAUGCGACCAUCCUUAUCCGUGAACAUUUCAGUUCGCGGCACGAAGCCUUUGCGAGAUGAGCUUCUGAUAUAAAUUGCGUGUUUCUUGAGAACGGCACAACUGUUCCAUCUUCUCGCACACCGCUUCUUCAAGGCGGCAUUUCUUGUCCUGAAAAGGGCGGCUCUGCUGUCUCCGCUUCCGUCUAUAACGUUCCACGUUCUGCCGGGAGCCUUGCUGCAGCGCGACCGUCCGCCUUGCGCCCUUCUCCUCCAGAAUAUGUCUUCACUCUUCGUCGAACCAAUCGUUCCGUCGACUUCGUCCCACAUACCCGAUGUUGUUCUCCGCUGCGUCGUUAAUGGCUGCUUUAACUAUAUUCUAGCAGUCCUCAAAAGGGGCUCCAUCGAGCUUACCCACUCCGGCAACGGUGCCUCGAAAUGCUGAGCGUAUGCAGUGGCGAAAUCAGGUUGCUUCAGUCGCUCUAGGUCGUACCGCGGCGGUCGUCGGUAGCGAACAUUGUUGAUGACAGAUAGUUUUGGGCGCAGUUUAACCAUCACCAGAUAGUGGUCAGAAUCGAUGUUAGCGCCAUGAUAUGUCCUGAUGUCGAUAAUGUCGGAGAAGUUCCGUCCAUCCGGCGAGUAUGCGUUAAGAUGAAGUUAAGGGAUUUGCAGUUCAACGAACCGAGUUUCCAAUCGCUAGUCCCUUUUCGUCGCAGUGCUCUUCGCCGAUUGUUCCGGUUCGUACUCUAUUGUUGAUAUUCGUCGCGGAAGUUUUUUUUGCUGGCUUGCAGGGCCUGACACCAAACCCCCUAAAUUUCUGGAGGAAUCUUCCUCCUUAUUUCCGGUGAACCAUGGUGCACAGUUUCACUUAAAGUCCCUCGCUGGCACUCGGACGAUGAUCAGCCGCCUCUUACAUGGAGAACAGAUGCUGGUGUGAGCCGCCCCUAACAUGGAGAACAGACGCUCAGUAAGAUUUGCACUUCAGGAGAGGAGCAAACCCUCCCCCCUUCUCUGUUAGCAUACGACCAUAAUUCCCACCGGGCUUGAUUACCCGAUCUUUUCUACGGUUGCUCGUAUCCCGAGCCAGCGCCACAAGGAAGUAGGGAUAGGAGAUGCUGGGUAAGAGGCUAAGGACCGCGAGAUGGGGUCUAUUUUAUUCCUCUAGGUACGCGAAGUACCACUGGUACGCUUUACUCAGCAUUUGCUGAGCCCAUUCAAUGAACAGCGGAAAGUUUCCGUCUUCGAUGCAGCUGAAUAACGAAAUCGCAUUUUUCACCCAAGAGACUUGUCGUCUAUUCGCCGAUAAAUUCUCCAGCGUAUAUACCAAUGCUAGAAUAAGUGAUAAUCAAGCCAAGCCAUAAGUGAUAAUCAAGCUGAUAGCAACGUGCCUUUGGUUGGACAAGCGCUUGGUACAUUCCAUGUGGAUGGGGAAAAAACGAACAUGAAGCGUAUUUUUAAAAACUAAUCAAAUAAUGUCACAUCAAGAUCUCAGCCGUUAGUAGAACAAUUUGAGCGCUAAUAGUUUCAAACGAGAGCUAAAGCUUUGUAAUUGAGCCCAUUGGACUUUUCUGCAAUCGGAAAUUUGGUUUUAGAGAAUAUCUUUGAAAUGCGAACAUGAUGCAUACUUUAAGAACACUAUUGUCACAUCACAUUCCGCUAUCGGACAUUUGGUUCCGGAAAUUUCGUAAUUUUGUGUUCCGGAUAUUCCUCUGAAAUACGAGCGUAAGACAUAAUAUGUUUUUUUUUAACACAAGUAUCUCAGUAAUUUAUAUCUGAUCAAAGCUCUCUUGGUGACAAAGAAGCCUGGCAUGCAGUCUGUGUGUGUUUUUAUUGAAAAUGAUUAACUUUCCAGAAAAAAAUCUUUUUUAUCCUUGUUCCACCCUAAAAUGCCUAUAAGAUCAUUUGGUCGGGGUUCAGUCAAACCGUUCAAAACGGCUUUUUGACUGACUUGUUAUAUUUUGUGCAUAAAAAGAAAACGAAAAGAAUUUCAUGUCUAUUGAUGCGUACAUUUGUUAUAGGAUAUCCUCAGUAAGGUGGCUCAAAAAACACUUUUUCAAAUUUUUUUCAUGGGCCGCCCUCUUAUUCGGUUCUAUUUGAUGCCCUGAUGCUCUGGACAAAAUUUCAGCCAAAUCGGUCAACGUUUGGGCGGUGCUAAACUCGUUGGAAAUUUCUAUGGAAAAAUGUAUGCAGAAACAUCCAAAAACAGUGAUUUGCAGUUGGAAGGCACAAUUUACGAUCAAGAACCAUGAUACUCAUUCAGUUUUUGUAGAAUUGUAGAAUUAAAUACAGAAUGUUAUGCUGAAAACUGCGAGAAGAUUAGAGUUUAUUACGCAAAGUUAUUAGCAUUUUACUGGAGUGUAGUAGGGGUGAAUUUAUUUCUUUUAAAAGGUAAAAGAAACGAAAUUUGCUCAAACCCCACCUUCAGCGAAAUGCUAAUAACUUAGCCGGGCAAAAUCUAAUCUUCUCGCGGUUUUCAGCAUAACAUUCUGUAUUUAAUUCUACAAGAUCUGAAUGAGUACCAUAGUUCUUCAUCGUAAGUUGUGUAGUCCAGCUGCAAUUUACUGUUUUUGGAUGUUUCUGCAUACAUUUUACCAUAUAAACUUCCAACGAGUUUAGCACCGCCCAAACGUUGGCCUAUUUGGCUGAAAUUUUGACCAGAGCAUAAGGGCAUCAAAUAGAACCGAAUAAGAGGGCGGCCCAUCAAAAAAAUUGAAAAAAGUUUUCCCAUACUAAUUUGAGCCACCCUAAUCCUCAGUUAAGCCGUUGAAUGAUGUCCGAUGCCAUUUUUGAUUAAUUGAAUCUGAUACAAAAAAAAACUUUGGCAAAAAAAUGAAAUUUUUCAUUGGCGCUUGGUGUUUUGGUAGAACCCCGACCACUUGAAAAAUUGACUUUUUAUCCGAGGCUCGGAUAUCCAAGUCAUAUACUGACCACAUGUAUGUGUUUUUUACAAGGGUUGAAGGCCUUCAAUCCAAAAACCUGAGCAAUCAAGGCGAACAACUAAGUUGUGUCGAUCCCCACUCCGCGGUCGUGCAACAAAUUUCCUGACCCUAAUCCUCCAGACUCCCCCCGCGUCGAAGAUGGUCCACCAGUUCCGGUAAAAACGAAACUUCGCGCAUUGCGCCGACUUCAUCUUCGAGUUGCAGUGUUAGAUGACUUCCGCACUAUGGAGCUCUUCAUACCCGAAGCACUUCCUUCUUCUUUACUUCUAUCUUCAUCAAGUUGGCGAUGUCAUCCGUCGAAUCCGGUUCACCGGUGCCCCGACGACUCGAAGACAAACACUGACUGCUCACUGUGAUGAAUUUCCCAGCGAACCGACACUUAUCCCUGGUCCCUGCUCCAUCUACGCUGCAGCUCCGAAAGUAUUUGCGUCACGACCACGACUCUGCUGACCGCAUUCACGUACCUUAUUUGUGACACCUUCGCUCUGCGAUGUUGAGAGGCCUUAGGGCAGGUGUUCUUCUACGUGCUUUCACAAACCUCUAGCAAUCGAAUACCACGUUCUCGACGACGCAUGACAUGACCACACCGAUGCAGAUAUUGGCGGAAACAGCCGUGUCCGGAUAGGAACUGUGUGAGGUAAAAGUUCACCUCUCCAUGCUCCCUGUUCACCCACGUCGCGCAUUGGGGAUGAGCCGGUGGGUCCACCUUCCAUUCUCCGCAUUGUCCCACAUUCGACCAUAGCGUUCAUCCUCACUGUCUCACAUUACUGGUUCCUCUCCGAUGGUAGCACUCGAUAUCCUCUGCGAGGAUCUGCAAAUUGGAAUCAUCCCGACGAUAACACAAGCUGCCUUCGCAAAAUGGUUCUGUAGGCACACGCUACUUAAAUGACCAUUAGACGAAACACGCUGUGCAGCUUCCUGCGGUUAAGUUCAGUCUUGAACACAACUCCCCAGUCUGGAACUUCGUACCGCAGUAUUGAGGAUGACGCCUACUACUGCCUUUCGGAUCACCUAACUAGUGCUCUGAUAAUUUUAGCCACCUUUUCACCGCAAUAGUCGACAUAGGUGUUAAAAUUGAACCGGUCAUCAAUCACUUCUAGAUAUUUCAGGGUCCGCACCGACGAUAUGUUGUGCCCUCUGACGGUAAUCUGCAUCCGCUGAAUCACUUUGCAGUUGCUGGCCAGUGCAUCACUUCCAUUUUGCGAUGAGCCAGCUGCAGCUUGACUCCACUCAUCCAUGUUCCUACUGCGUCGAUCGUCUCUGCCACCAGCGUUUCCAGCGACUCACCGGUUAUCGUUAGAACAACAUCAUCUACGAAUCCGUAAACUUCUACGCAUUUGGGCAACUUUAGCGUUAGCAGCCAGUUAUCACGUUCCACAGCGUUGGGCCGAGUAUGUAGCCGUGUGGAACGCCCGCCGUCGAAUUCUGUCUCGAAUUUGUAUCGUAAACCAGAAUCGGCGAUGGCCUCCCAGCUGGCACACUAUUAAACGCGUUUACCGCGCAGAACCGAAUGACAAAAGAAUCUUUUAUUAUGCCUCUAUUUGAAAAAAAAAAUAAAAAUAAAAUAGAAAUAUAAUUGAUUUCACCUGGUAGUGAUUCUUCCUUGCACGUAUUUAGCCAAGACACCAAGACAGGUUUCGAUACACCAUUUUCUUUUUAACUUUCAAACGAAAUGGCAUAUCGUUAUUAAAUUUAAUAGUGAUCAACUAAGCUUUGCCCCCUGUCGAAUGCGACUUGUUACGGAAAAAUCGGUUAAGGAGUACUUUACUAAAAGAUGGCUAAUGUUUCUCUUAUCUUUUGUGCACUCACACAUUAUGGGUAUUCCAGCCUUAUCUAAAAAGUUCGUUGUAGGAGUGAUAGCAUUUCGAAAAAAAACUUUCUUGUACGCGAAAGGCAAAAAUCAAAAAGGUACUGCAAUCCAAUCCUCCGAUCCGGUGUGACAAAUACUUAAAUCCUUAACUGACCCUCACGACCACAUCGACUGGUUUAUUGAAUGGUCAUUAAUUGGUCAUAAUUAAUUGGUAAUAAAUAAUUGGUCAGGAAUUUACUGACAUAAAGGUUCGUCGCUUGUAAACUUUCCAUGUUUUUAGGGGAAGAACAGAGGCAUCGUAGUGAUUCAAACAUUAAGCAUAUGCAUCGAUGGAAACGCAUGGUUGUUUUUCUCUAUUUCAUUACGAAGCUUACGUCGCCAUGAAAUUGCAGAAUAGCAUAAAAACAUCGGAACAUGUUUCUCACUUAUGUUCGAGCAAGAACACAAUUGUUUAGUAUUUUUGUGUUUAUUUAAAAUCAAAUGUAUUCAUUCUAUUCGAAGACACCACAAAAACUCGUGAUUACUCGCGAACAAAAUACUGCCAUACUUAUUGUCUUUUCUCUGUCCAUACUCGCGAACAAAGCAAGCACGCGCUCAAAAUCGACCGAAGCAGUUUUUUCGACUCACAAUGAACAUGUUGCCCAAUGCUUCAUCGUAGAAACCGAGUCGAUUUUUUUCUAUCAAAUAUAAGAAAGUGUCCAAUCCCCGAUUUAUAAGAAUGACAAGUUAAUAACUUUUGAAGCAGUUUUCCAGCCGUACAAGGAUCAUGUCGUCCAUUAAGACACUGUUGAACUGCGGCUCAAAAGACAUUAUAUUUACAACUUUAAUAGAUAUUCCCAUUAUCGCAUUCUUAAUCAUAUAGAUUGAUCUGUACAAUGUCAUUCUUGUCUUUAUGGUCAGAAGCUAUGAAGUAUGCGUUCGUUGAAUUACUUUGUUUGCCUAAGUUAUUGGUUCUUCAUGAUUUUUGUUCUGUGUCAAUACUAUCAAAAUCAAUGUAAGUAUGUAUGCUUUGUAUGUAUGCCUUGUAAAAAGUGGAAACUGUUCGUACAUUUAGUCUAUUUUGUUGUAAUUCCUUUGUCAAGGUAGUCUAAGACUAUAAUAAGACCUGCGUCAAAUAUGGUGCUUCCACGGUAUGAGUUAUUGCAACUAGCGUCUUAUUUCCUUCAAUAGUGGUAUUCGAACAUCGACUUGUCAGACAGAGUUGUAGAAAAACCUUCGCACUAGAAGUUCGUCAUACAACACAUUUUGAAAUUUAGCCUCUGGAAUGAGCUAUUGACAAACUACUUAAAACUAAAUGAUCAAACGCAGAUUACUAAAUGAUCGAUAACAUCCUUGGAAUUGCCUGCUGUAGCUCAAAUGGUAAGAGCGUGCAGUAUAUUGUUAACGUUCAAAGUAAGCUUGACAAAUGCAAAGUGCUUGGUUAUACAAUGUUCGCACUACAGCCUGAAUAACAUGUUAUCCAAAUUAUCGACAAAAGAAAGCUCAUCACGAUAGCCGAAUAACAUGUUACAAGGCCCUAGUGCGAACAUAGUAUUAAAAUGCAUUAUUGAACGUUAAUUGUGCUAUGUGUCAGUGAAGUUCACUUUAUUUCAAAUGCAAUCUCUUUCGCCAAAUGUGCUUCUGUGAAUAUCAUACAAACUACUCAUUUAAUUUAUACAUCACAUAAUAACAGCAAUAUCCGAAAAACGAAAAAUAUACGUUUAGACACAUAAUCAAAUUAGUCAGUGAAAUCGUAUUUAAGAAAUAGUAAUCGAAGAUAGUAAUAAUGGUUGAGCGAAUAAAUAUGACUUCUGAUCCAA